AUGUCUCUUCCUUCCAUUCAAAGAGUCCUUCUCGAAUCCGUCGCAGAAGCCGACAUAGAUGGUCGUUUUGUAAUUGUUAACAACAUUCAAACAUAUUACAAACUUGCAAUUCCUCAACAACAUCAAAUCUUCCUUCAAAAUCAGAUGCCCUUGCCCAACGAACCUCACAAACCUGUGAUCCUUUGUCUUCAUCAUAUGCUCGGGAAUCUAUACACCUGGAGAAAUAUUAUACAGCCUUUGGCUGAUGCCACAGGUUGUCAUGUUAUAUCCUAUGAUAGGAUAUCAUUUGGGUUUACUGAAAGACCAACGCAAUGGGAAGAAAACAAUAAUCCUUACACUCAAGAGGCAAAUGUUGAAUUUGUCGUCCAAUUUCUGGAACAAUUGGGAUAUGGAGGAAGAAAAGUUGUGUUUAUGGGAGUUUCUUCGGGAGCCUCGAUAAGUUGUGCGCUUGCCAUAAAAUAUCCUCACAUAGUACAUUCUUUAAUUUUGCUUGGACCAGCUAUUAGACAUGAAGACCAAGGGCCACCAUCAAUGGCGCGUCACAUUUUGGGUUCAUUACCUGGUCGUCUUUACCUUAAGGCUAUAUUGUACCGAUCCCUCCCAUACACAAAAUUAUAUCACAAUCCUGAAUCGAUUCCCGAUUGGGAAUCAGUCAUGAAGCCGUCUUAUCGUGCCCCUCUUACGCUACCGAACUUUUAUGAAGCAUUCUCGUGGUUAAUGAAAUAUUUUCAACCUUUGGAAAUUCUUGGUUAUAAACACAUCUUGCAACAAUUACCAAUAUGUUAUAUAACGGGAGAUGACGAUAAGUAUACACAUUUGGACAUACACAAACAAGUAUUUAAUGAGUUAAAGCUGAAUGCACCCGAGAAUGCGAUGAUGGAAUUUUACGUGCUAGAUAAAUGUGGCCAUUUACCCCAAGAUGAGGUUCCUCUACAAGUUUUAGAUGUGACAAUUAAUUUUAUCAAAAGAAUUGGUAUCUAA